AGUCACACUACACCUGGGUGUGUGAUGUGUAAGUUCCUGCCGGUGUCCCCUUUGAGUUAGAGGGCAGGCCUUGGCUCUGUCUGAUCUUAAACCUUAACAGCUCAGCCAAGGUCAUGCCCUGUUUGAUGGCCAAGCAGGCCCAGAGAGCCAUUGGAAAGUCCCAGCCAAGGGCUGGAACACUAUUCUUUCCUUCUCAAAGAGUUAGAAGAAUGAGCAGGUGGAGGGGGCGUGAUACAAGUUGGCCCGCCCAUGGGCAGGGCCUCUACCCCUGGAAAGAGAAACCCUGUUGGAGGAGUCAGACAGGUCCAGGGCAGCUGGGAGGUGAGGAACCUCUGUUUUGUCCGACAACUGCUGGAACAGAGACCAGGCCUGCCAAUACCACUCUUAGGCCUGGGACACCAGGAGCUGACGACGCUGCAGGGAUCCAAGUGAAGCUCACUUCCAGUGGGGUCAGCAAGCCCAAAGGUGUAUCAGGAGGUCAGUGCUCCAGUGACCGGAGACCAAGCUCUGCCUGGCUCCUGAGGGCCACCUAACCUUCACACCCCCCAACAAUCCCUGCUAUCACCCUGGAGUCGCAAUCCACCCAUCCUGAUUUCUGUUCUGGUGGUUCAACCCUGGGGUCUGAUGACACCAGCUCUGCACCCACCACUUCACCUCGUGCCUCUUUGAGUCCUGAGCUCCUGGACCCACUGUGCCAGCUACCAGCAGAUGAAGAAGAUAAUCUCAUGGCCCCCCAAGGUGCCAGGACUCCAGACAGUAAGCCUGAACUGGGGGCCAGAGAUCCAACUGGUGCCUGGGCCCUGUCAACUAUGGAGGAGCAGGAAGAGGGUGAGGGACAGGCAGAGGAGGAAUGCCCCAUCUGCACUGAGCCUUACGGGCCUGAUGACCACCACCCGGCCUUGCUGAACUGUGGUCACAGCCUGUGUGUGGGCUGCCUGCACCAGCUGUUAGGAAUGACCCCCAGAGCUGACCUGGGCCGUGUGUGCUGUCCACUGUGUCGUCAGAAGACACCCAUGCUAGAGUGGGAGAUCUGUCAGCUGCAGGAGGAACUGCUUAGAGCUGAUGGACCCCAGCGCCCAGUGCCCGCUGCAUCCACCACGCCCCUGCGCCCAGGCCCUGGGCCUUGGGGAUCCUUAGAACACCGCUACCGGCUGCGUUUUCUGGCAGGGCCUGUGGGAGGCCGGAGCUGCCUCCCCUUCCUCCCCUGUCCUCCCAGCCUGGGUACCUGGCUGUGGACACUGCGGGAACGUGGCCCAUGUGCCCGCCGUCUAUCACUGCUGAGCCUGCUGGCAUUAGAACUGCUGGGCCUGGUGCUCAUCUUCAUGCCACUCAUGUUACUAGGAGUGUUCUUCAUGCUCCUAGACCGUUCCGGCCGCUAAGCAGAGCCUAGGAUGUUGGCCAAGUUUUGAAGCCCAUGCUCAGAGUCUGGUAAUCAGCAAAGACUUGCUAUCACCAGUCCCAAGACCAGGCCUGCCCAGGUGCCUGAGCCAGCCAGAGUGCUUACACACCCCUGCAGCCCAGAUAGUGGCUAAAGCCAAGGACAUUAAGCCAAGGACAGCCUCUGAAGGAGAUUGGCCCAACAAGAAGGGCUGUGAACAGAACCCCGUGUGCUCGCCAUGGACAAGCACUUUGCUAGCCACAGGCAUUGGCUGGGUCAUAACACCAGCUCCUGAGGUCCAGCUGGUGAGGGUGAACACAAAUGUGAACAGCGAUCUAGCAGUAAUUGUUUAUAGGAGAAAGCAAGGGCUGCAGGACCCUCACCUGUUCCAGACAGAGGUUGGGGUGUGUCCCUGAAGGCCACCGUAGCUAGCAGGAGAGGCCUGCACUGCACAAACCCAGCCUUCAAAAGCUCACCCAACCUAAGACCCUCACCAAACAGGGUAUCCCGGAGCAGCUGGGAUCAACAUUGGCUUUGUCCUGAAAGGACCAAAGUUCAAUCCAGACCCUGAAGCCUGCAAAUGCCCAGGGUCCAGCUCUGUUUCUAACUGACUGCAAUUUGUGUCACAGGACCAGGAGUCCCCACUUGGGAGAUGAAGACAAAUGUCAGCCCACCUCAUGGCUUGUUAGUGACACAAUGCAAGGUGGUGGGAUAUUUCGGUCUCUAUCCAGCAUUAGAAUGGCUCUCAAUAAACAGUUGCUACUGA